AUCUUUUCGCCUGGCCAAAGAGAUAACGAUACAAAUCCUCUCCUCUCCUUUCCUCUCCUCUUCUCCUCUUUUCCAAAUCCACAUUCUCAUUCUCACUCUCUUGACCUAAUCCUCAGUCUCCCAUGGCAAUUUCGGCAUCAGCCACAGUCUCAAGCUCCUCAAAACUAGCUUAUUCUCAUGUCUCCCCAUCUCCCACCACCACUUCUUAUUCAAAACCCACCAAGCUAACCCCCAAAACCCUUCUCUCCUCUUCUUUUAUUUCUCCCUUCCUCACCACCACCACCUCCUCUGCUUCAGCCACUACUGCCAUCUCUACCCGCCGACGCUCGUUCGCUGUUCGUGCCGCCAGAGGGAAAUUCGAGAGAAAGAAACCUCAUGUCAAUAUCGGUACUAUUGGCCACGUCGACCAUGGGAAGACUACUCUUACUGCUGCCCUAACCAUGGCUUUAGCCGCUUUAGGCAAUAGCGCCCCCAAGAAAUACGAUGAAAUUGAUGCUGCUCCGGAGGAACGGGCUCGUGGUAUCACAAUUAACACAGCCACCGUCGAGUACGAGACGGAGAACCGCCACUAUGCUCACGUGGACUGCCCUGGCCACGCCGAUUAUGUGAAAAACAUGAUUACUGGUGCUGCUCAAAUGGACGGCGCAAUCCUCGUUGUCUCUGGCGCCGACGGUCCCAUGCCUCAAACUAAAGAGCAUAUCUUGCUGGCGAAACAAGUUGGUGUGCCAAACAUGGUCGUAUUCUUGAACAAACAGGACCAGGUUGAUGACGAAGAGCUUUUGCAAUUGGUGGAAUUGGAGGUGCGUGAAUUGUUGUCUUCUUAUGAGUUUCCUGGUGAUGACAUACCCAUCAUUUCUGGCUCUGCACUUUUGGCUUUGGAAGCUUUGAUGGCUAAUCCUAGCAUUAAGCGUGGAGAUAAUCAAUGGGUAGACAAGAUUUAUGAACUCAUGGAUUCUGUGGAUAGCUACAUUCCAAUUCCCCAAAGGCAGACUGAUUUACCAUUUUUACUUGCUAUUGAAGAUGUGUUUUCAAUUACUGGUCGUGGUACUGUGGCCACAGGCAGGGUUGAAAGAGGAACUGUUAAGGUGGGUGAAACUGUAGAUAUUGUGGGUUUGAGGGAGACUAGGAAUACUACUGUGACUGGAGUUGAAAUGUUUCAAAAGAUUUUGGAUGAUGCCAUGGCUGGUGAUAAUGUGGGAUUAUUGUUGAGAGGUGUCCAAAAGGCUGAUAUUCAGAGAGGAAUGGUUUUGGCUAAACCUGGCACAAUCACUCCUCAUACUAAAUUCUCUGCUAUUGUUUAUGUGUUGAAGAAGGAAGAGGGUGGUAGGCAUUCACCAUUUUUUGCAGGUUAUAGACCUCAAUUUUACAUGAGGACUACUGAUGUGACUGGGAAGGUAACUUCCAUUAUGAAUGAUAAGGAUGAGGAGUCAAAGAUGGUUAUGCCCGGUGAUCGUGUGAAGAUGGUUGUGGAACUUAUUGUGCCUGUGGCUUGUGAGCAAGGGAUGAGGUUUGCCAUCAGAGAAGGAGGGAAGACGGUUGGAGCUGGUGUCAUUCAGUCCAUCAUUGAGUAGAUACAUUAGAAGGAAAUGUGCUCGGCUUUUUGAAUGGUGUCAAACUUUACAUCCAUGGAUUUGUGCAAUUAAUUUCACCAUUUUAGCAAAAAAAAACUUUUCAAAGUCACUGUCAUAUAUUUUGCAGUUUUGUUCUUUUGCACUUUUUGAUGUUUAGUCUAGUUUCAUUAUAAUCUUCUGAUAAUUUCAAUGUGACUUCUUUUUUAACUGUUGCUUGUGCUUGGUUGGCUGCUAAUUGCUAUACUUCAGCAACUUUGAAUAACAAGCAUUAAGAGGUGAUUGUGGUA